AUGCCAGGAACCAUACAAGUCACAGUGCUGGGAUUCAAAGGUGUUUCAUCUUCACCAGAGCCUUCUGCAAAAUCCCUAAAAGUUUCCAUGGGGAAAAGACAGUAUCAGACCUGGGACAUGGGUGAAUUUUCUUUCCCCAUCACAAAACUUGGUGAGGAUUUAGUGGUUGCCCUGCUGGAUGCUGCAGGAAAUGUGAUAACUCAUGCAGAUAUUCGGACGAUGCAAAUAAUCGAGAAGGGGUCUUGGGAUGAAGUUUUCUCCAUGGACCGGGGAGGACACGUGCACAUGAAAUUGCGAUUUGUUCUCAGUGAGGAAGAACGCAAUAAAAUUCGUGCUAUGAGAGAAUCUGCUUUGAAGAAGAAACUUGAAACGAACUCGAACAUCAAACUUAAACUUACUGAAACCAUUUCUGCCGAGACAUCCACAAAAGACGAACACAAGGUCUCAGAUGUAGUGAGACCUAAAGUUGACGGCUCUCAAGCUGGUUCGUCUUCAACUUCUCCUACUUCAUCUGCCACGUCCCAAUCGAGUUAUCGAAAGAAAGGUGUAAGCAUACUCGAAAGUGCAGUAGUCCCAAGCACAACAGUCGAAAGUAGUCAGUAUAGUUCAUCUUCUUCGGGUAAAGAUGGAGCACAACAGACGAAAGUUUCUAGCAACGUGAAGAAAAUGAUUAGCGCAUUCGAGAACAGUCAACUUCAGGAAGUGAAAUCCCUGAAGAAAACACCAUCAGUACCAUCUCAAUUAAACAGAUUAUUGAAACGCGAGGAUAAAACUCUGAAGAAAGCGCCAUCUGUUCCAUUCCGACUCCACAGAUUUAAAAACGAACAGUUGCUGGAGGCCCCACGAGAGUCGGAUUUAGCUGUAAAGACGCGAGUAGAAAAUGCUCCUAAUGCAUUGAGAGAAUCUUGUAUAGAACAAACUGUAAAAGAACUCGACAAAUUACCGUACGAUUUAACAAGGCAGUCCUCUGCCAGAAAAGCAACGACUUCCGGAAAAACGCUUUCUGUGGUGGAGACGGUAAGUUCUUCCGGAAAUUCAGCUGAAGCGAUCGGGCAUGAGAGUAGAAGAGGAACCAGCUUGAAGAGAUCAACCGUGGUUAACUUUCAAGAAACUUCAAAAAAUGCAAAAUACGAAGGUUUUCAAGAAUGCUACAAAGAAGGAAGAUAUAGUCCUUGUCUAGACUCUGGUACGUGGAUAUUUGCAGAUAACACGAGACGAUUGUGUGUCACAACUGCAGGUAAGCAGGGUAUGAGGAUUGUAGGUUGUAACCAUACAGAAGCAAAAGCUCGUUCGUCGGGAAGUGAAGUUAUUCAGGAUAAGAAUGCAAUGAAUAGAGCAGAAUGUAAGAGUGGAAAGAAAGAGGACAAAGUUUUCGAGCCGCCAGGAUCCGAGUGCGGUAGCUCGCCGGAUGACUCAUCCAAUAGCCGUAUUGGACAGGUAGUAAAAAUUGCUGUCAUUCUCGGUUUUGGAGUAUUUGUUCUGCUCACCAGACAGAAAAAACCACGGAGAAAACACAGAGAAGAACUUGAGUCUCGCCACAUACGAGAUUACGUUGCCGAAACAACUAUGAUGCCAUGGUCACCAGCUGCAAUGGAAGAAUGA